AGUCAUCUUAUUAUGUGCCUUGUAAUCAGUGCUCCUUAUUCCACGCUAUAGAAGUCAUCAUGUUCCUCUCUGUUCUUCUCCUAUUCUUCUUGUAUAGUCUGAGUCUGUCAUUAGGAGCAAGUAAUGCUAUCUCACAGUAUCAGUUACAAAAUGACACUCUCUCUACUUGCCUUGUGCUGAGUGAUGGAUCCCUCCUGAUUGGUACAACCAGUCACAUUAUAAAGUUAAACUCUGACAAUUUAACAGUGAACUCUUCUCUGCCGCUGAACACAACUACUAAUCAACUACUGUUACCCCUCAAUGAUACUGGAUUCACUCAGAACAUUCUCUCUUGUCAGGAGCAAGAGUGUUUUCUUCUCAAUCCUAAUGAUCUCAGUGUAACAGUCAGUGUUUCUACUAGCCCUACUCCUUCAACAUUCCUAUUCCCAACCACACCUGACAUGCCAGGGCUCUAUACUGAAGGCAGGAACUUUUUUGUUGGUAAAGAUGCUGAUUCACAAAUAGUCUCAUCAAUUAGUAAGCUACAGUACUCACCCUCUGGUUCUCAACUACAAGUUAUGCUAGUUGGAAGUCAACAAGAACGUGUUAUUAAUUUUCCUAGAAAAUUUCUGACUAAUUUUCAGCAGAAUGGAUUUGUCUAUUAUGUGUUUCAUCUUCCCGAUUUUGGCUCUAAGCUACAAAUAGCAAGAAUAUGUAGCAACGAUACUGGACUUGAGGAGGAUAAUAUUUUAACGCUUACAACAUACACUGAGGCUGAGCUACAGUGUGAUGAAAUGACGACUCCUGAUUCAAUUACAGCAGCUACCUUUGUACAGCGUAAUGGAGAAUCAAUGAUUAUGGCAUCAAUGAGAAGUGGCAAGACUAACAUCAUAUGUACAUUUAGUGUAUCAGAAAUUAAUACAAGAAUGGACGAUAAGCUAUCCUCAUGUAUAAAUGGGCAGGGUACAUUGUCUAUAAAAAGGUUUAGCGGUAGUGAUGCUUGCCCGACUAAUUUAGAACAAGAUAAGAAAGAUGCAAUUACUGUAUGCAAUAGACCAGGACAGUUUAUUGUUCCAUUUGAAGUAGAUAAUCCUACAUUUGGAGAGAGGGUUGCUUUUACAUCUCAAAUAUUCUCUCUUAAUAGUCUUGCAUAUGAAAACAUAGUGUAUUUAUAUGCUGGUUCUGAUCAAACAAUUGAACAAUUUUAUUUCAAUGCUAGCAAUUCAUUGAUACCAAUUCGUAACAUCACUUUGGCUACUAAUGAACAAGUUGAUAAAAUCGGGUUCUCUUCCGACAGUGAAUAUCUAUACAUACAAUCUGAGAGCUAUGUUGUCAAGCGUCCGGUAAAUGUCUGUGAUAGUUUUACAUCGUGUGAUUCGUGUGUGGAGUCGGGUGAUCCUAUCUGUGGAUGGUGUGUGCUUUCCAGCUCUUGUACGAAAUUGGACGACUGUACCACAACCCCAGCUAUAUGGCAGAAAACUACUAGCUAUUGCCCAAGGAUCAAUGAUGUGUCUCCGUCAGUUAUAUACACUGACCAGUUGAUGACAAAUACACUGCCAAUGUUGUCAUUGAAUGUAUCAAACAUACCCGGUGUGAUUUCAUAUUCGUGUGUAUAUAACUUUGGAAGUGAUGCAAUGCCAAGUACAACAACCUCUGCCAGCAUUGACAGUCAAAAUGAGACAGUGACAUGUGAUCUACCACCCUCUUCUGAGCUACCUGGGUUUAAUGGAGAAGACACCAUUCUAUCAGUUGUGUCUCUAACUGCUAAUGGAGUCACUAUCAUUUCACUAACUUCUGAGCAACAAAUAUCAUUCACAAAUUGCUCCAUAACGUCAAGCUGUUCAUCCUGUCUGAGCACAAGGCAAGCUUGUAACUGGUGCCCCUUUGACAAUAACUGUGUAUCUCCACUUUCAUCAUGCCAGGGCUCACUGAGUGGUACAGCUAUUGACAAUUGUCCACUCAUUAGAUCACCACCUAAUCUAACUGACUACCUUGUUCAUGUGAACUUGACUCAGUCUCUAGUCAUAGAGGCUAAUAACCUUGAAGUGUAUAGCGAUCAGAGUGCUUAUACUGUUGACUGUAUACUGAAAGACAGUCAAGACAAUGAGUUGUUUGUUUUAAGUGCUACAGUUGGUGCUAGGAAUGUAACCUGUGAUAAAUCAGAGUUUAAUGUUAGUCUUGAUACACAAACUCAACCCUACAAUUCAACGCUUGAGGUCCGUGUCUCUUUCUCUGAUAAAAGAAUCAUAAUUGAUAACUUGAAUGAUUCAAAAGUUAUAUUCUACUCGUGCCGUUUAAUGGGUGAAAAUUGUGGGCAGUGUUUGAGUAUUGAGUCUAAGUUUGAGUGUGGCUACUGCAGAGACCUUGACUCAUGCAAACCGGUUAAACUGACCAACUGCGAACAAAAAUUAGUAGGAAUCAAUAGUGUUAACCAGUGUGAGAGACCUGUCAUCGAUGAUUUUUCACCAAUAGCUGGUCCAAUUCGUGGUGGUACUAACGUUACGAUUGAAGGAACUAAUUUAGGAGCUGAUGUAAAGCAAGUAAAAACAAUUCUCAUUGGAAGUGUUGUUUGCGAACACCUUAGCAGCCAAUACUUGCCAGGAAAGAGAAUUGUGUGUAAAACUGGUCCAACAGAAACUGGUGUCAUCACUGAGAAAAUUUCUAUAACUUUCACUUAUGCUACUGUAAACUCAAGCCGUCCUUUCCAGUUUUUAUUACCAAAUCUGAAUCCUAGGCCGGCUGAACCAGCUGUGGGUCCAAUAUCAGGUGGUACUCAUGUAGUUAUUAAAGGAGUUAAUCUUGGAAUUGGGAACGAGAGGUCUAUAACAUUAGCAGGAAAACCAUGUGCUAUAGAAAGAGAAAAUGAAAUACAGUAUAAUGCUACUCAACUCAGAUGCAUAUCUCAAAGGAGCUCGUCCACAACCACUAGAGGUCAGGGUACUGUCAGUUUGGUUAUUGAUGGGAGCGAUGUUGACGCAAUCGGAUUUGAUUAUGAAAAUGAUCCCAUAUAUAGAGGCAUUACACCACAGUUCUUCUUUAAAUCUGGUGGGACUAAUUUCACUGUCACUGGACAGGAUCUCAAUAUUAUUCAACGUCCACGACUGAUUGUGUACUAUCAGUCAACCAAUGCUACUACUAAGAGUACACAGAGUAAUCAAGUCCUCUCUGAUGUAUGUAAUCCUGGAACGACUAUAAUGACAUGCACUGCUCCAGCCCUCAGGAUCAAUGCCACUGAAGUUAGGCUUGGUCUACUGAUGGAUAAUGUCACUGAGCUCUUAGACGUUAAUGUCAGCCUCACACUUUAUCCCGACCCUUCCUUUAAUACUGAUUUUACUGAUGAGUUGAGGCCGGGGGAGAUUAAAGACCUUACAUUGACUGGCACGGGCUUUCGUUUCGACAUUGAACAAGUUAAGGUUAACUUGGAUCAGAUUCCUUGUGCCGUUAGGAAUAAAACUGAAACAACAGUAACAUGUGAGGUAGAAAUACCUGCCACAGCCAGCUCAAGUGAUCAAUACAGCAUAAGAGUAACUGUUGGUAAUUAUAAUGAGAGGAUUGGCGUCAUUACAAUCACUACACCUCCUAGCUUGUUGAUAAUCGUGGGACCUCCUUUUGCUGCUUUUGUCAUUAUCAUCAUUGUCAUCUUUAUGGUCUUGUUCUCGGUGUUUUAUCACAAAUACCGGCAAAAAGAUGAACAGAACGAUCGAUUGGUUUUUGAAUUGGAGAGACUCGAAUCAAGUGUUGCUUAUGAAUGCAAGCUAGGUUUUGCUGAGCUACAGACUGAUCUUGGGGAACUUGUUGGAGAUUUGACUGGAACUAGACUGCCCUAUCAUAACCUCCAUUCCUAUCUAUUGCAGAGUUUAUUUCCUGGCUCUAAAGAUCAUCCUACACUUCACCCACCACAAUUUCCGUCGAGUAAGAAGGAAAGAAUGGAAACUGGUAUAAGAAUGUUCUAUGGACUACUGAUGGAUAAGAUUGUGUUGCUGAAUAUAGUGCACACACUUGAAGCACAGAAACCAUUCAAUAUUAGAGACAAGUCUAACUUUGGCUCCUUGCUUAUGAUAGCUCUUCAUAACAGAUUAGACUACGCCACAGAGAUACUCAAGAGGUUAUUGUCCGAUCUUGUAAGACGAACUGUAGCUGAAUCGUAUCCCAAACUCUUAUUGAGAAGAACCGAGUCUGUUGCUGAAAAGAUGUUGAGUAGCUGGUUGGCAUUUACUCUACACGGAUAUGUUGUGGAACACACUGGUCAGCCAUUAUACUUGCUUUACAAAGCAGUUAAAGCUCAGUUAGAAAAAGGACCCAUUGAUGUUAUCACUGGGGAAGCUCGGUACUCACUGAGUGAACAAAAAUUAGUCAGACAGCAACUAGACAUUCAAGUUAUUAAUGCAACUAUUGAGACAGAGGAUGGUCUAAUGGUUCCUGUUAAACUCAUUGACUGUGAUUCUAUCAGUCAAGCUAAGGAGAAGAUGCUUGAUGCUGUUUUUAAAAAUGCUCCAGUUUCUCAAAGACCUCAGCUAUCAUCAAUUGAUAUAGAGUAUCGUAGAUCACCAACUGAUAGUCAGAUACUUCGCGAUGAGGAUGGUGCCAAUGAGUAUGAGUAUGGCUGGAGAAGGAUUAACACUCUCCGUCAUUAUCACGUUCAUGAUAGAGCUACUUUCCGUCUACUGCCUAGAAAGGAAACACCAGCACCAGGCAGAGCAUUUGAUUAUACUGGUAGUCUAAUGGUGUCACAUGGUCACCGAACUAGAACACUGUCUGACGCUGAGGACGGUACAAGAAUAUGGCAUCUGUUUAAGCAAGCUGAUGAAGACCCACAUUCAGUGUUCACUAACAAGAAGAUGGUCACUGAAAUAUACUUACCAAGAAUGUUAUCAACCAAAACCAUCUUGCAGCAGUUUGUAGAUGAUCUUUUCAACAGUAUCUUCACACUCUCUCAUCCUCCAAUCUCCCCAUCAUACCUAUACACUCCUGUCGCCACUACCUUUGCCACUGCUGGCAGUCAGUUGAUGUAUGCCCCAGGCUCGGAGUCUCUGCCUCUUGCUAUAAAAUACAUAUUUGAUCUGUUGGACGAUGAGGCAAUGUGUGCUAAGAUAAAUGAUACUGAUGUUGUUCACACGUGGAAGAAUAACGCAUUGGCCUUGAGGUUUUGGGUUAAUCUCAUUAAGAACCCAGAGUUUGUGUUUGACAUUAACAAGUCGGCUAUUGUGGACUCCUGUCUCUCAGUGAUAGCUCAAGCUUUUAUUGAUGGCUGCUCAUCUUCUGACACUCGACCAACAAUAAAUUCGCCUACUAGUAAACUGUUGUAUAACAAAGAGGUUCAAGAUUAUAAGAACAGUGUUAAACUAUUUUACGAAGAAAUUCAGGCCCUCCCCAGAAUCCCAGAUGAUAUUAUGAUGCAGCAUCUUAAAGACAUGUCAGCACACCAAGCUGAACUGUUUCAAAAGUCACAGAAUGAGUUUAACAUUGAAAGUGCUGCUUAUGAAAUACUAAGAUAUGCAACUAAAUACCAGCAACAAAUUCUUCAAUCAUUAAGAGCUUCAGGACUUGAAGCAAAAGCUCAAAUAUUUGAGUCAGUGCUCCAGCACACUAUGUAAUCAUUCUUUUAACCUCUCGACGUGUGUGUGUGUGUGUGUGUGUGGAUGUGUGUAUUAUAAUGUAAUAGAUUAUUAUGACAUUGCUAUUAUAAACUCUCUUUACAAUUGCUUUACAUAAAUUUUUAAUUAAAAA